AUGUCCGUGAAAGAAGGUGAAGUACAAGGCAUGGCUUUCGAUGACAGUGGGCGUGCUAAUUUGACCAGUAUUCAGGGUCAAUUUAACAAGCUGAUCGUCAAGGCUUAUCUUUAUGUGACUGGCAAUCCCAAGGGGGGGAAUAAGAGAGUGAAAUUUGUUCCCCAGGCGGUGCUCAGCGUGGACACCGCGUUUUCUGCUGCGGAGAGCUGGGGUCUCCCACCAAAAAGGACGUUGAAAGAGCGGCUGAAAUUAGUGGGAAGAUUGGUAUGGGGGACGUAUGAACUGGACGGAGAUAUAUUUGGGCAGCUGCCAUUAGGACCCCCACGAGGAGCGAGAAAGGGGGCUAGGGGUAUUUAG